GCCGCCGAGGCCCCCGUUGAUGCCGCAGAGCUCCCCCAACGCUGCCGCCACCGCCUCCGACAUGGACAAAAACAGCGGCUCCAACAGCUCCUCCGCCUCUUCGGGCAGCAGCAAGGGGCAACAGCCGCCCCGCGCCGCCUCGGCGGGGCCUGCCGGCGAGUCUAAACCCAAGACCGAUGGAAAGAGCUCAAAUGGAUCGAAGCGUUAUAAUCGCAAGCGUGAACCUUCCUACCCCAAAAAUGAAAAUUUUAGCAACCAGUCCCGUCGCUCCAAUUCACAGAAAAGCAAAACUUUUAAUAAGAUGCCUCCUCAGAGGGGUGGUGGCAGCAGCAAACCCUUUAGCUCUUCUUUCAAUGGUGGAAGACGAGAUGAGGUAGCAGAGGCUCAGCGGGCAGAGUUUAGCCCUGCCCAAUUCUCUGGCCCUAAGAAGAUCAACCUGAACCACUUGUUGAAUUUCACUUUUGAACCACGUGGCCAAGCAGGUCACUUUGAAGGCAGUGGACAUGGCAGCUGGGGAAGAAGGAACAAGUGGGGACAUAAACCUUUUAACAAGGAACUCUUUCUACAGGCCAACUGCCAAUUUGUGGUGUCUGAAGACCAAGACUACACAGCUCAUUUCGCUGAUCCUGAUACCUUAGUCAACUGGGACUUUGUGGAACAGGUGCGUAUAUGUAGCCAUGAAGUACCAUCUUGCCCAAUAUGCCUCUAUCCACCUACUGCAGCCAAGAUCACCCGCUGUGGACACAUCUUCUGCUGGGCAUGCAUCCUGCAUUAUCUUUCACUGAGUGAGAAGACCUGGAGUAAAUGUCCCAUCUGUUACAGUUCUGUGCAUAAGAAGGAUCUCAAGAGUGUUGUUGCCACAGAGUCGCGCCAGUACGUCGUUGGUGAUACCAUUACGAUGCAGCUGAUGAAGAGGGAGAAAGGAGUGUUGGUGGCAUUGCCCAAAUCUAAAUGGAUGAAUGUAGACCAUCCUAUUCAUCUGGGAGAUGAACAGCACAGCCAGUACUCCAAGUUGCUGCUGGCCUCUAAGGAGCAGGUGCUGCAUCGCGUUGUUUUGGAAGAGAAAGCAGCCCUGGAGCGGCAACUAGCGGAGGAGAAGCACACUCCUGAGUCCUGCUUUAUUGAGGCAGCUAUCCAGGAGCUCAAGACUCGGGAAGAGGCUCUGUCAGGAUUGGCUGAAAGCAGAGGGGAGGUCCCUGGUGUCGUUGCUGCUCUGGAACAGCUGGUGCUGAUGGCUCCCUUGGCGAAAGAGUCUGUUUUUCAACCCAGGAAGGGUGUGCUGGAAUAUCUGUCUGCCUUUGAGGAAGAAACCACAGAAGUUUGUUCUUUGGGCUCUGCUCUCCCUCUGGUAGAGGAAGAGGAAGCAGUGUCUGAACCAGAGCCUGAGGGUUUGUCAGAGACCUGUGAUGACUUGGAGUUAGCAGAAGACAAUCUUGGGGAGGGGACCGUUUGUAAUGAGUCCAGCCAGCAGGAACCUGUCACUAAGCCUGGCUUCACACACCUGAGCAGCUCGCCUUGUUACUACUUUUACCAAGAGCCCUUGUCUUCAGCGGAGGAUGGGCAGCACAUGUUCCUGCACCCCAUCAACGUGCGCUGCCUUGUGCGAGAGUAUGGUAGCCUGGAGCGGAGUCCGGAGAAGAUCUCAGCGACUGUGGUAGAGAUUGCCGGGUACUCCAUGUCUGAGGAUGUUCGACAGCGUCAUAGAUAUCUUUCUCACUUGCCACUCACCUGUGAGUUCAGCCUCUGCGAACUGGCUCUGCAGCCUCCUGUGGUCUCUAAGGAAACCCUAGAGAUGUUCUCAGAUGACAUUGAGAAGAGGAAGCGUCAGCGCCAGAAGAAGGCUCGGGAGGAACGCCGCCGAGAACGCAGAAUUGAGAUGGAGGAGAACAAGAAACAGGGCAAGUAUCCGGAAGUUCACAUUCCCCUGGAGAAUCUACAGCAGUUUCCUGCCUUCAAUUCAUAUACCUGCUCUUCUGAUUCUGCUUUGGGUCCUACCAGCACUGAAGGCCAUGGACCCCUCUCCCUUUCUCCUCUUAGCAGAAGUCCAGGUUCUCAUGCAGAUGCUGCGGGUUGGGAAAGCAAAAGCAGAUGUGUGGCCCAAAACUGCUCCAAAGAAAGAUGAGAACACCUUAGUCCCUCCUGCCCCUGUGGACAGUGAUGGGGAGAGUGAUAACUCUGAUCGUGUUCCUGUGCCCAGUUUCCAGAACUCCUUCAGCCAAGCUAUUGAAGCAGCCUUCAUGAAACUGGAUGCACCAGCUACUUCAGAUCCCCUCUCUGAAGAGAAAGGUGGAAAGAAAAGGAAAAAGCAGAAACAGAAGCUCCUGUUCAGCACCUCAGUCGUCCAUACCAAGUGACACUACGGCCCCGGCUGCCUUUUCAUUUGGUUUUCUUUUUUCCAUGCUUUUGUUUUGCUGCUGUAAUUUUUAAGUAUUUGAGUUUGAACAGAUUAGCUUGGGCGGGGGGAGGGGGUUUCCACAAUGUGAGGGGGGAACCAAGCAAAUUUUAAAUACAGUGUAUUUUCCAGCUUCCCGUCUUUACACCAAAAUAAAGUAUUGACACUCAGAUCUCUUUCUGCCAAGA